CUAGAAUGUGUCUCCGUGCUCUGGGCCUUCCCCACCCACAGGUGCUGGGUGUUAGAGUGGGACGCGUCUUGUGGAGGACUCAGCUCAUCUCCAUGUGUACCCUCUGUACCCUGAUGGUGACCAAGUGAUUCCCGCCCAGGCUCCUCUGCUCAGUUUCCGGGAAGGUAUCUUGAGACUGGUCUGCAGCCUGAGAUGUCCUGCCUUGUUUCCCUCCCAAGCCACGGAGCUGUUCUUAGCUGUUUGCUCAUCUCGGGACCCACGGCUCUGUUCUUCCAGGUGUUCAGACACCGUUCGCUUCUGACCCAAGAUGAUCUGAUGUCUAAAGUGGACUCUUACCAACCAUGAUGGCUACACAGACGCUAAGUAUAGACAGCUAUCAAGAUGGACAGCAAAUGCAGGUGGUCACAGAGUUAAAAACAGAGCAAGAUCCCAACUGCUCUGACCCGGAUGCAGAAGGAGUGAGUCCUCCUCCCAUCGAGUCUCAGACGCCAAUGGAUGCCGACAAGCAGGCCAUUUAUAGGCACCCGCUAUUUCCAUUGCUAGCGUUGUUGUUUGAGAAAUGUGAGCAGUCCACACAGGGCUCAGAAGGCACGACGUCUGCCAGCUUCGAUGUGGACAUUGAGAACUUCGUCAGGAAGCAAGAAAAGGACGGGAAGCCCUUCUUCUGUGAAGAUCCGGAGACCGACAACUUAAUGGUGAAGGCCAUCCAGGUCCUGCGCAUCCAUCUUCUUGAGCUGGAGAAGGUCAAUGAACUCUGUAAAGACUUCUGUAGUCGGUACAUUGCUUGUCUGAAGACGAAAAUGAACAGCGAGACCCUGUUGAGUGGGGAGCCUGGAAGUCCGUACUCCCCUGUGCAAUCCCAGCAGAUUCAAAGCGCCAUCACAGGUACUCUGAGCCCCCAGGGAAUCGUGGUGCCAGCAUCAGCCCUGCAGCAGGGAAAUGUAACCAUGGCAACAGUGGCAGGUGGCACAGUGUACCAGCCUGUCACCGUCGUCACGCCACAAGGCCAAGUGGUCACGCAGGCGCUGUCUCCUGGGACAAUUAGGAUCCAGAACUCGCAGCUUCAGUUGCAGUUGAACCAAGACCUCAGCAUCUUGCAUCAAGAGGAUGGCUCCUCCAAGAACAAGAGGGGUGUCCUGCCGAAGCACGCCACCAACGUGAUGCGGUCCUGGCUCUUUCAGCACAUAGGGCAUCCCUACCCAACAGAGGAUGAGAAAAAGCAGAUUGCUGCUCAGACAAAUUUGACACUACUUCAAGUCAACAACUGGUUCAUCAAUGCCCGGAGGCGGAUCCUCCAGCCAAUGUUGGACUCCAGCUGUUCAGAGACUCCAAAAACAAAGAAAAAGCCUGCUCAGAACAGGCCAGUCCAGAGGUUCUGGCCAGACUCUCUUGCAUCAGGAGUGGCACAAACAACGCCCAGCGAGCUUGCCAUGUCGGAAGGUGCCGUUGUGACCAUCACCACACCUGUGAACAUGAACGUGGACAGCCUUCAGUCCCUGUCCUCUGACGGGGCCACCCUGGCCGUACAGCAGGUCAUGAUGGCAGGGCAGAGUGAGGACGAGUCGGUGGAUAGCACGGAGGAUGAGGGCGGCGCGCUGGCGCCCACACACAUCAGCGGGCUGGUGCUGGAGAACAGCGACUCCCUUCAGUAGACCGCACCGACGGGGCCAGUGCGGGCUGGGCGCCAGACUCUACUGUUUGCACAGCGAACGUUUUACACAGUUGUCUUUGUAACCUGUUUUCUAUGUAGAUCUAGAAGAGUGCACUUUUGUAUCUCACAGCAAGCUUCAAGACGUCUUUGCUGGUGCAGCGACUUCCUUCAGAUGUGCGUGUGUGGGUUUUUAAUGCUAGAAACGUGACGAGUGGCCCUGCUCCUUGAGUCCCUAACGAGAUUAAGGAACAGUGCUGCCAUUUUCUAAAAAAUUAUGCAGUUGCAAUUAAGUUGUGUGGUUUACAGCAGGUCCGGGGGCUGCUGCUGGUGCCCCCUCAGGUCUGAAAGAUGAGCUGCACACGGGCUGCAGAGCGAGAGGACGCUGGCCCUGGUGGGCUGUGGGUGCCCACAACACACGUCAGUUCUCUCGGGCAGCGUUUGCCUGUUUCAUUUGCUAUAUAGAAAAAGAAACUCCUAUUUUUACCUUGCUGGGAUUAUUGGAUAAAAGCUAUUUUUAUAAAUCAGUUGUUAAUUGGAUUAUGACUAUAUUGAGGAUAAAUUUCUAGAGAAGCGACAGCACAUGCUUAUCUUUCGAUUCGGAAUGUUCUGGAAGGCGGCCACCCAUGCAUGGUCUCCUGCUCCCUGGGGAGGAGGGGGCUCACCUUAGCUGCUAAAGGAAACAACUGUCCAGUGAGCUUUUGAUAUCUCCAGUUUCGUGUUCAUAUGUGAUAUGCAGAUUGCAUUUUACACUCGCUAGAGCAUCUUACUGACUGUGCUCGGUAGGCUGACGAUGGUAAAUUAGGCUCUGCCAUGCCUAGUCUGACUGCAGUUCCAUGGCUGCCCAGCCAUGUUAACUGGGUGGGAAUUUUAGAUUUUUUUUUUUUUUUUUUUUUUUUUUAGUUAAAACCUACUAUACAUAGAAUGUUUAUUAUAAACUAAUAUAAAGUGUGCUCUACUCACUGGCUCCGAGCCGGGGUAAACAGCAAACACCUAAACUGUCUUUCUUACUGGCAGACACCUGGAAGUUAGAACUGUGGAGGUAGCAUAGCAGUGGGGCCACUGGUGGCUCUCACUGUCACUUACCCUCCAGGGUGCUCCCCUCUGUUACCACUCCAGAUUCAGGACAGUUUGGGGACUUCAUUUCCCAGGGGGCAGCUGGGCCCCAAGGGUGGUAACUGCUUACGGACCAAGGUUACCCUAGGGUCACUAGGUAAUUUAGCUAAUUCACACUUUUUUCUGGAACAGUUUACCAUCCCCCCACCCCCCAAAUGUCUUGAUUCUCUUCAGCCAUUGAGCACACCUGGACAGCCAAGUAGUCAGCAAGAAAAAUGGGGGCUCCCUUUGAACCACUUACGGUGCCUCCACUACAGAAAACAAAACAGCAAAAGAAACAAAACUGAAAAACUUGCCAGCAACUCCUUUGAGGAGAGAAUAAUGUUUUAAGCAGCCUUUCUGUUACCUAGUCACAAACUGCUUUAAUAUUUUAAGCCAGGCAUACAAAAGCCUGCAUGAUCAGCUGGCUAUAUUAGGUUUCGAGCAGAAGUACAGCACCCCUGAGAGCCCUGCAGAGGUCUGCUGCUUCCAGCAAAGGAAGCACAGUCCCUGCUGUGCCAGCUGGUGGCUGCUCUAGAUGGGGUGUGAAAAGCACCACGAUCCAUCGUGGCCUUUCCAGUUGAAAUCAUCUUUCCUAAGCACUGAACUCUCACCUGCUAAAUUCAGAGGACUAUCAUGAAGAUCAUAGAAAAUCCGGGCAUGGUGGCACCCUCCUGUAAUCCCAACACUCAGGUACCUGAGACAGGAGGCAAGCCUGGGUACUUAACUUGAUCCUGUCUUAAAAAAAAAAAAAAUUGUAAAAGAGCCGGCACAGGGUCCUGUCCUUCCACCUCCCUGUGCACAGAGAUUCUUUAAGUGAUUCCCAUGAGGCGAGCCAUGCUGGUUCAUAGAGUUCCUGGCCGGCAGAUUUGUUGUCUGCCGGUUGCACCUUCGAGACGCCUGCUUGCUGGACGUUGUGGCAUGUGCCUGUAUACAAGCACUUAGGAGGCUGAAGCAGGAGGAUGGCUGCAAGGUUUGAGUCCACCUCUGGUGCAUAGUGAAACCCUGUCUCAAAAAACAAAAACAAAAACAAAAAAUGAGCAAACCUCUUGCCUGCCUUUCCUGGCCAGUGGAGAAACCUGAAAGUCCAUCUCCUUUGAGCUUUGAUUAAAUGGUCGGAUUCUAGCCGUUGUUCCUGUUAAAGUCCUCCCUAACAUUGGAGCCGUUUGAAUGUGUUCUGAGACCUACAGUCAACCCGUGUCAUUCCUGCUGUUUGGCUGCCUAGCAGAAAUCUAGACUGGCUGACCCCCCCAUCUGGUGGGCUUGGUUUUCUGCUUUCUUGAGUUCAGAUUGUCAAAUAGAAGUGUGUAUGCAAUAUGCACUGUGACCCUUCCGGCUAGGGCUGACGGGCCACUGUGUAGCCUGCUGAGUGGCUGGUGCACCUGUGGGGACAGGACGGUGGCAGUCUUGCUCCUCCCCCGUGGCUGGCAGGGAUAUGCCCAUCCUGAAGGCCUCUCCCGCAGGUCGUGCCUGGAACACAGCAGGCUGCCUUCUUCAGUUAAGUUCGGUCUUUGAAACUGACAAUCUUUAAAAUGUGAAUACUGUAACAAUAUGUUUUCUUGGAUUGUUGUCUUUAAAAGGAUUUUUGUGAAGCAAUUGAUUUAUCAAAGAAAAAAAAAAUUAAAACCAGAAACACGC